UCUAAACCCUAACCUUUCAAAUCGACAUCUUUCCAAAUUUUAUCCCAUCUGCAAUACAGAAAUGGCGAGAAAAUCGUUUAUAUCAUUAAUCUUCUUCUUAUUCUCAUUAUCAUCCGCAAAACCCACAGAAUCAGAUUCUCAAUCCUCCCCAUCAUCUUCAAUAUACGACGUGCUGGAAUCCCAUGGACUCCCAAUUGGCAUUUUCCCUAAGGGCGUGUCCAAUUUCACCCUCGACCCCGCCUCCGGCAAUUUCCAGCUCAAUUUGUUGUCCCCUGUCCCGUGCGACACGAAAUUCGAGACCACGGUUCGGUAUGAAUGUGAAAUUAAAGGAACAAUUGCGUAUGGACAGAUUGCUAAUUUGUCGGGCUUAGCGGCACAGGAAUUGUUUCUUUGGCUGCCUGUUAAGAGCAUACGAGUGGAUGUACCUAGUUCUGGUUUGAUUUAUUUUGAUGUCGGGGUGGUGUAUAAGCAAUUCUCUUUGUCGUUUUUCGAGACGCCUAAGGAUUGUAAUGUGUUGAAGAAGGGAGAUAUAGGGAAUUCAAUUGAUUUGUUUGAUCACAGCAGGCGAAUUGAUGAGAAUCAAUCUGGAGGGUUUGUCAGAAAACACUUUGGGGACUAUACACGGAGGGCUGUUGCAUGAAUUAUAGAGGCGAACACGAGUGGAUCCAAUGAUGCGAAGAAGUGACAUUUUAUACACUUGAUUGCUCGCUUACACCUUCGGAUAUGUACCCUAAGCUUCCUCUAUAUGCAGAGCAAGAUUUCAGUUUUGUAGAUGACAGGGAGAACAAGCGGAGAACAAGCUAACGAGAACUAGUUUUACCUUUUGGUGAAUCGGUGGUAAGGUUUAAUUGUUGAGGAUUUGUGUUGUGUAAGUAUCUGAAGAUAAAUGUGAGUUCUUGUUAAGAUGUUUAAAUGCAUGUAUAAUGUUGUAUGGAGUUUAUGUUAAUCAAUAGAACAUGUCGAUCCUUGUAGGGUGAACAAUAAAACUGCUAAUCGCAAACACGAUGAUGCGGUGUUGAAACCAUUGGUUUGGUGGACCUGUCAACAUUGUGGUUCAAAACAGAAUCAAGUCAUUAGGAAAUUGUUUGGUUUAGGUUUCGAUUUUUGAAAACUCUAGAAAUCAACAGAAUUGUUCACUUAUUUAUUAGUUUAAUAUACUUCAACAAAUUUAAU